CGUGGCUAUUCGUAGUUAUUUCCUUUUCGGUUCACUCCUGUUCGGCCCAAACGUCAAGUUGCUCAGAGCCGUAAAGCGGCGGCUAAAGUUGCUUUUUUUGGGGGAAGAUUCUUCUGAUCGCUUCGUGCUGUGUUCCCGAGAUGGCCUGCUGGAGUGUGGGAUUAUUUUGAGCGGUUAUUUUGUGCUGAAGCUGCUUCUUACUCGAGCUGCUGUGUGUCAACUCGCGGCCAGGCGGAACCCCGGAGAGAGAGAGAGAGAGAGAGAGAGCGCGGCGCGGCGCGGGCUGGGGGACACCGGCAGACACACCGCGCUCAGGGACAGCCUGCUGCAGCAUGGCGGCUCAAGUGGCGAGUGAGUGUCGGUUCGGAGAGGGCGAGCAGAACACGGCGGGGAAGUCUGAUCCCCCGAGGAGUCCGGACGGGCAGCAGCGCGCUCCCCCCCCCACAGCCGAGCCCAAACAGCCCAAAGUCCACAGCAAAGCCCCGAAGCCCGGGCCCGCCGACACCGAGCCGGCCGCACUCAGCGACAACAGCAGCCAGAAGGAAAGCGAGCAAAGUGCGGCGAGCAGCUCUGCAGAGCCCAGCAGGAAGAGAGUGAGCGAGGCUCCGCCGCCGAGAGUAAACCCCUGGCUGAGGAACAACAGCGCGGCGCGUCCUCCUCCUCCUCCCCCCAGCGCUCAGGAAGCGGAGUCCCAGAACUCUGCAAAAGUGGUACGUGCCAACAAGCCCAGGUCCAGGAAGUCCAGCAAGUCAAGUGAUUUCAGUGACAUCACCAACUGGCCUACCCCUGGAGAAAUAGCCAGUAAGGAGCAGCAGCAGAACGCACUGAAUGCACAAGGUCAGAAAGUCCCAGCUGGGCGGAGAGAGAGACGAAGGGAGCGCGGAGGAGAGAAGAGAGAGAAGGAGAGCGGUAGUGACGGGAGCGACAGUAAAGAGAACAGGGAGGCACAGCAGGAGACGCAUCUAACCACCGAGCUGGAGAAGGAAGCGGGGAAAGACACUCAGAGCAGCGUCCCCCGCAGGAGAGGCUUCAGGAGGGAUUUCAGUGACGAGACAUCAAGCGUUCGCAGCGAGGGCAGCAGUGUCCGCGGCAGCCUCCGAGGACGAGGCAAAAGUCGUGGCAGGGGCAGAGGUCGCGGCCGAGGACGUUUUGACUACUCCCACAGUUAUCGGGAAUCCUACGCCGAUGGUUCCAGCACCGUUCCUCCGGAGUUUGGGACCAACAUGAUGUAUUUCUAUGACGACGGCAACCGGGUACAAAUGUACACGAUCGAGGAGAGUCUGCUCAAGGAGUACAUCAAGCGCCAGAUCGAGUACUACUUCAGCCUGCACAACCUGGAGCGGGAUUUCUUCUUGAGGAGAAAGAUGGACGCCAAGGGCUUCCUGCCCAUCUCGCUCAUCGCCGGCUUCCGCCGCAUCCAAGCCCUCACCACUGACAUCAGUCUCAUCAUGGAGGCAGUGAAAAGCAGUGACGUUGUGGAGCUGGUCGAUGAACGGAUUCGGAGAAAGGAUGAUCCGGAGCACUGGCCGAUCCCUGGGCCGCCCGCCAACUCUUCACACACAGACUUCAGCCAACUCAUUCACUGUCCAGAGUUUAUCCCGGGACAGACCUUCACCUCUCUCACUGCAGUCUUGACUUCCCCGGCCAGUCAGACCACAGUCGAACCUCCUCCUGCAACAAACGGCCAAUUAAACGACAGCUCCGAUACCGACGCCAAACCGCAGUCCGAGGAGUCGUCCACAGUCGAGUCGAAAAGUGUGUCCAGCUCAGAUGAGAGGACCACCGAGGGGCUGUCCAUCAGAGCGCCUGAUCCGGAGAGCCAGUGGGUUCAGGUGGAGAAACGGCACAAGAACACGUCUGGGAAAAACAAGCCAUCUGAAACCCAUCACCACCACCUUCCUCCUUCCUCCAUGUCUGAGCCUUCCCUCUUAACAGAACGUUCAACACCAGUCCAGACAAAUCCACCACUCGAGGCUGACCAGGAAGAGCUGGACUUCCUGUUUGAUGAAGAGAUGGAACAACUUGCAGCACCUCGCAAGAACACCUUUACUGAUUGGUCGGAUGACGAUUCGGACGGUGAGCUGGAUGACAGCGACGUGAACAAGAUCCUGAUCGUCACACAGACGCCACCGCACUUGCGCAAACACCCGGGAGGCGACCGUACAGGCAACCACGUCUCCCGCGCCAAAAUCACUGCCGAGCUCGCCAAGGCCAUCAACGACGGCCUGUACUACUAUGAGCAGGACCUGUGGACCGGGGACGAGAAUCAGCUGGAUGGCGCCAACAUGAAGGAGGUUGAAAACUUUAAGAAGCUCAACAUGAUCAGCCAGGAUGAGUUUGACACUUUGACCCCAAAAUUACCUGUUGAUCCCAACCAGGAAGUGCCACCACCUCCCCCCUGUCAAGAUGAGCCCAGCCUGGCCCACUCUCUGCCCACUGGCGUCCCAGAAUCCUCUAGUGCUCCCCGAACCCCUCGUACCCCACGCACGCCUGGUCGGCAAGACCCAAACAAAACACCCCGCUUCUAUCCCGUUAUGAAGGACAGCGGAAACAUUGAUGGAAAGACACCCAGGAAGAGGAAAACGCGUCACAGCUCCAACCCUCCACUGGAAAGUCAUGUAGGCUGGGUGAUGGACUCUCGUGAACACAGGCCGCGCACUAACUCCAUCAGUAGUUCAAAUGCUUCUCCAUCGGAGGGCGCUCUCCUGCAGUCAGCCAGUUAUGGCUGCACCCCUCAAUCUCUGCCCAAAUUCUGGCACCCGUCCCACGAGCUGCUGCGGGAGAACGGCUUCACCCAGCAGGUUUAUCACAAGUACCGCCGACGCUGUCUCAAUGAGAGGAAACGGUUGGGAGUGGGUCAAUCUCAGGAGAUGAACACACUGUUCAGGUUCUGGUCCUUCUUCCUCAGAGACAACUUCAACAGGAAAAUGUACGAAGAGUUCAAGCAGUACGCGUUGGAGGAUGCCAAAGAAAACUACAGGUACGGACUGGAGUGCCUCUUCCGAUUUUACAGUUAUGGGUUGGAGAAGAGGUUCAGACCUGAUAUCUUCAAAGACUUCCAGGAGGAAACUCUGCAUGACUAUGAGAGAGGUCAACUGUAUGGUCUGGAAAAGUUCUGGGCCUUCCUAAAGUACUCGCAGAUUAAAGGCCAAGUUAUUGACCCCAAGCUGCAGGAGCAUCUCCACAAAUUCAAGAGCAUAGAUGACUUCAGAGUGGAGCCGCCAAUGGGAGAGGAGCAGGGGGGUCGGAGACGGAGACACUCGUCCUCUGGAGGGGACGAAGGCAGACGCAAACGUUACAACUCAACCUCGUCUUCAUCAUCAAAACAGGCCCCGCCCACCAAGGCUUCCAACGAGCCUGCUGCUGAAGGGGAAGCCAAGACGGAUUCAACCAAUCGAGCCGCUUCUCCAGCAAACACUAAACCCGUUUCAGCCAGUCGUGGGCCAACAAACAGCAGACUGACCUCAACCAAUCAACGAGCCAUUGCAGGGCUGGCCAAAUCAGCUUCAACCAAUCAGAAAGCAACUGCCAAGAGCGCCACAGUCAGUGAAGCAACUUCAGCCACGAAGGAGAACGUCAAGAAGAAUCCACAGUCUGAAAUGGCUGGCAAAACCAAAGACGUGCAUCCGCCAAACUAAAUGAAUUCUGAGAGCUCGGUAUUUUGAAUCUUAACUGAGAAGGGCUAUCUUGAGGGCAAAUUAUAUUUACAGCAUCGAUUGUAAAUCUCUUCUACGAGUAAAUGAGCCAAACCGUUACAAGUGAAGCUUGGGUGUUAAACUGUCAGGGCUUAACUGAUUUCACUACGUAAAGUAUCAAUCCAAAUGUUGUAUUCGUUUUAGCAGAAACAGUUUUUUGGCUCAUGGUUGGUUUUAACAGUUAUUCAGUUUUAAAUCGGCACAAUUGGUGGACAAAAAUCAUUGGAGUCAAAAACCAUUCUGCUGUCAAGUUUACGAAAGCUGCAUCGAGUGGAGUUUGUGGACGUGUUCCUGUGUUGAAUGUAAAUUUCUUUGUUUUACCUUCUGGGGUGCCUUACAUUUCAAAGUUUUCACCCAAAUUAUAUCAGGAAAUGUAUCACCAAUGUUAUUCUAUUUCGGUGGUGUCAUAACUUUGUAUGUGAUCAUAAUAACAUGAUCGCUGAUAUAUGAUGAAAGUGUGUUUGAGGGAAAGAAACAAACUCGAGCAGAUUAUACAGAUUAUAUUAUUGUAAUACUCAUUUACACUCGAGAUGGCAAUAUCAUGACAAUAAAAAUGACACUAUAUGUAGUUUAUUGAUGCAUCGUGUUUGGGAUUGAAUAUGAAAUUAGUGUUAAGGGGGGAAAAAAUACAGUAUCAUGCUUAACAGCAAAGCUAGUGCACGAUUGUAAUAAAAUUAAGUUUUGGAUCUAAGAAUGUAGGAUAUUUAAUCUUCUGUUACAGAUUUAACAAAUUUUGAUUUUUUUGGCUUAAAUUAGAAAUGUCUGUACUUGAAGCUUUAUUUUCUAAGUAUUUUUAUUGCUUUUAAAAAAAAGAAAGGAGUUUAUAUUCCAGGAAAAAAAAGUUUUACAUUCUAUUGGAGAAGGGAUUAUUUUCUCUUAAUUUUGAGUGUUUUAAUCGAUUCUAAUCAUAUUUUUAUUGCUUCUUAUGACUUGUUUGGAUAAUGCAGCUAUAUAAUAGAAAUAUAAACUGUACAUAAUGAUGAGGAAUUGCUAUGAUUUGGUUGAUUUUAAUUUUUAUUGAGCUGUAUUAUUGUAGUAUUGUUUUGCGUGCGCUGGUGUGUUCGUAUGCAUGUCAGGUUCCUAUUUUUCCUCUUUUUGCCUAUAAAUUGUAACAUGUAAAAAUGCAUAUAUUAAAAAAAAAAUUAAAAUCUGUUUAUAAAAACCCAAAA